CACUAGUUAGUGUAAAGCUGUUAGUUCGAGAGGAGGUUAAUAUCAGCCUCAGUGGUCUGUUAAUGUCGCGUUUUUAAGUUAUCGAUGGAAUAUAUUUCAUCUUGAAGAUCUGUAUUAACUCAGGUAAGUACAGCUGGUGUAAGGAAGAUGCCUCUGCUGGGAAAAAUCGUGGUGAUAAAGAGAAACGGUACAGAUGGAACCGAAUUUCCACUCACAGCAUCCUGUCUCUUCGGGAGGAAGCUUGACUGCGAUAUCCGGAUCCAGCUGCCACAGGUGUCGAAGGAACACUGCAGAAUCGAGUUUAAUGAAAACAAAGAGCUUAUUUUGACCAACCUAAGCUCAGUGAAUCCAACCCGCAUCAAUGGUGAGGUUCUGCAGCAGUCUGAGCGUCUGAAGCAUGGAGAUCUAAUCACAAUUAUUGAUCGUUCUUUUAGGUUCGAGUAUCCACCUGCUCCGACUCCAAAGAAGAAGCGUUUAUCGACACCUGGUAAAGGAGAAACUGUCAAGGUUUUGCAAGACCAGCAGGUGAAGAGCACACCUGGGACCACAGAGAAGUCUGAGCACACCACAGAUACCUGUUUGAAAGAUGGCUCCAACCUGCUUGUCUGUAUGGACCAGAGCAAUGGAGAUCAGCAGAGCAAAGCGAGCAUGGACAGCAACUUGUCUCCCUUCUCUGAUCUUUACAACAUGGUCAAGCGAGAUCUGGCCACCAAACCUGUGUGGAAAUCUUCUAGCCUGUCCAAUACCCCUCUCUCAAGACCUUCAGUGGACAAACAGGAGAUUGAAGAGGUUUCAAGUGAGAACGUUAAGCCGAUGACUCCAAAGUCGGCCCAGAAAAAGAGAAGAUCCUCAACCGUCAAGUCAUUAGAGGGUGUUCAAACAGAGAACCUGUCUGCAGAGGUGAAAACAGCCACACCUGUGGUUCAGGGGAUGCAGGUGAGGCAUUCAGAGGGCAUCAGCAUGCCUGUUUCUCAGAAGAAAACUUCUCAUACAACACCACAAAAGUUCACCGCUGAUCAAGUGGCCCAGCAAAUAGCCUUCAAGAGUCCGAGUACCAAGUCACCGAAAGCCAGGAGAAGCAGCACUUCCCAAACCCCAGAGAAGCAAACCAUUUUCCAGAAUCCCUCAGAAUUAGAAGAGUCUGAAGAGGUCAAAGUGAAACAGGCCACUAGAACGUCUCCGAGAGCAAAUGCAGGAAAGCGGUUCCAAGUCCAGGAUGUGUUGGAGGCUGUAGCCACACCCACUUCUGAUGGUGCAGCAGGUAAUGGGCAGCCCUCCAGCAAGAAGCACAAAUGUGAUGACCUACCACUUCCUGUACCAAAGAGAAAACGUGUGUCCUUUGGUGGACAGCUAAGCCCUGAACUCUUUGACAAAGGCUUACCACCUAAUUCCCCCUUACGCCGAGGAGCAACCCCUGGGAGACGUAGCUUGGGGUUCACUCAGAAAUCUCACUCGCUUCUGAGACGAGCCUCUACUAUUGGCCUGAUGGGUUAUCAGCUUGAAGAGGAUAUUGCAGAGAGCCCUGCUAAGAAUCGUUCACCUAAACAGGCAUCCUCCCCUGCCAAGGGCCUGAAGACUCCUUCCCCUGCCAAGGGCCUGAAGACUCCUUCCCCUGCCAAGGGCCUGAAGACUCCUUCCCCUGCCAAGGGCCUGAAGACUCCUUCCCCUGCCAAGGGCCUGAAGACUCCUUCCCCUGCCAGGGGCCUGAAGACUCCUUCCCCUGCCAGGGGCCUGAAGACUCCUUCCCCUGCCAGGGGCCUGAAGACUCCUUCCCCUGCCAGGGGCCUGAAGACUCCUUCAACUGCCAAGAAGUCUCCAAGCCCAAAGGAUAAAACCCUGUCUCCUAAAUAUUCCAAGACCCCUUUACCUUCUUCAAACUCACCAACCCCAAAAUCCUCCCGGAGGCAAUCAAAUGCUUCAGUGAAGUCUCCCUUUCCAAGUGAAGAGUUGCUUCUUAAGACACCUACAACGCAUGGCCGAUUUUCGGUUUCCCGAAUCAGCACCCCGUCACCCGACUCUGUUCACAGGAAAGAAACAAAGGAAGAAUCUGUACCAGUAGUAGAAGACCCUUGGAAGUGUGUUACUCCGAGAGCCACUCUGAGAAGAAGCGGCAUGAAGGCAUCGGCUCGGAAGACCCCAAAGAGUGUUUUGAAGAGCGCGCUUGAUGUUGUGCGCUCACGACGCAGUGGAGCAUCACGCGCUAACUUGAAGGUUGUGAGUUCCUGGGCUGACAUUGUGAAAUUUGGACAAGCUAAGCCUCAAAUGGAUUUUGGUACUAAGAAAACAGCAAACAAGAGGACAGCAGUCAAGCAAACUAAAGUGACUAAGCCCAAGACACCUGCACACAGACUAAUAGACCACACAAGUACUGGACAUGCGGAUUCUCCAGCCAGUAUAGUUGUAGGCAAGGCCUACUUAAGAUCUACCAAGCUUGUUGGUGCCGCUCCUAAAGUAGUAUGCAAUGUUGCCCUGUUUAAAAAGGAUUUGAAAAUGGAUGAAGAUCUUACUGGGGUAUCGGAUAUCUUUAAAACUCCGGCUAACAGUAGGCGGAAGAGUGCUUUUACAAAGACUAAUGUGUGUCCAGCAACACCACUUGUUGGUGAAAUGACUGAAAUCUCAGUAAUGAAUACUCCUGAGGAAACUGGUGAAAUGGUGGUGUCUCCUAUGACUGUUGUGUCUACUGCCAAACUGGGCCGCUACAACAGUGAAGCUGUGAGCAGACUUCUCCAGGACGACCAGGAUGGAAGUUUAAUUGAAGAAAUGGAUGACUUGGUUGUCCUUUGUCCAUCUGAAGUAUCCACAGUAUUAGAUAUGCCUAGUAAAAAUCAGACCAAGAGCAAGAAGGCUGUACCAGUCGGAACACCACAACACAAACCAACUCCAAAAGAAUGCCUUACAGGUGUCAAGAGACUCAUGAGAACACCUAAGCAAAAAGCUGAACCUAUAGAAGACCUAAGAGGCAAGCUGCUUAAGACACCCAAAGAGCCAAAACUCCUCCAGGAAGUGAGUUUUGAAGGUGUUAAAGAACUCCUUAAUACACCUGAGCAAAAGGGGACUCCUUUAGCAGAAGAAUUGACUGGAUUAAAGAGAUUGAAGACUCCAAAAGUUACGAUAAACAGCCCUGUGGUGUGUGCUGUGGCCUUGAAGAGACUUACCAAAACCCUCAUGGAUAAGACUGAGCAAGAGGAAGACCUUACUGGAGUAAAGCAACUGAUGAAGACACCCAAGCAGAAAGAAGAUCUGGUUGAGGAAGACCUGACAGGCAUUCAAGAGAUGAUGAUAACUCCCAAGCAGAAUUAUCAGCUGAUUGAACCAAAAAAACAGCCAAUCAGAGAAGAUCUGACAGGCAUUCAGCAGAUGAUGAAAACCCCCAAGCUGAAGAAGAAGCCAGUUGAGGAAGACUUGACCGGUGUUAAGCAGAUGAUGAAAACCCCCAAAUUAAAGAAACAGCAAGUUGAGGAAGACUUGACGGGUGUUAAGCAGAUGAUGAAAACCCCCAAAUUAAAGAAACAGCAAGUUGAGGAAGACCUGACUGGCAUUCAAGAGAUGAUGAAAACUCCCAAGCAGAAGAACCAGCUGAUUGAACAGAAGAAACAGCCAAUCAAAGAAGAUAUUACAGGCAUUCAGCAGAUGAUGAAAACCCCCAAGCUGAAGAUCAAGCCAGUUGAGGAAGACUUGACCGGCGUUAAGCAGAUGAUGAAAACCCCCAAAUUAAAGAAACAGCCAGUUGAGGAAGACCUGACCGGCAUUCAAGAGAUGAUGAAAACUCCCAAGAAUCUGGUUGGGGUGAAGAGCUUGUUUCAGACCCCCAAGAAGAAAGGUGAGCCAGUUGAAAAUGACUUUGGAAUUGAUAAUUUGAUGAAGACCCCCACGCAAAAAAAUGGGGUGAUUGAGGAUUCCGUCAUUGUUGAAGAUCUUGAAAACUGCAGUUCUGGUGCUUUGCUUGUUGAAGAUGCCUGUAUGAAGUCUAAAGGGAAGGCAAAUAUCUGCCUAGAUGGAGAUGUGAAAAAUGAUACAGAAGAAGCUGAAACUUCUUUCCAGGAAGUGAAGGAGGAGCAAACAAAUGUAUCCACUUCUGCUAAAAAAACUAGGUGUGGUGCUAGAGUAAGAAUGGCACAGAAAUCCCAGAAAAUUCAACAUCAGGUGGAUUCAGAUUCUCUGCCUGCUGCAGCUGCUGGAGUUCAAGAGGAAACCACUGCAGAUUCUGCAAAGUCUGUUUCUACUUUGCGAGGAAGGAGAGGCAAGUUGGUCAUUGAAGUCUUUGAGAAUGUUCUUGUACAAAGUCCUGCUGGAAAGUCUAACAAAGGAAGAAACACUGAGGAGCAAGUUGAGGCUCCAAAAUCAUCUCAUACCUCUGCAGGUGAUGAACAGGUAGCACUUAAACCCAGGAGAGGACGGAAAGUUGAACAAGAUGUUGAGGAUUUGCAGGUAGAUCCUGUUAUCUCCAUGAAGUCACCGGCUCCUGUUAGGGGGAAGAGAGGAAGGAAAGGAAAACAUGUAUCAGAGAAUCCACAAGAACCAGAGCCUUUAGUCGAAGCUUCAGUUGAGGAGGUUGGGGUGGCAUCAAAGAGUGCUGAACUUCAGCCAUCAGCAGAGACUGAGGCACCAGUUAAGACCAUCACCAGAACAAGGAGAGGCAGGAAGGAACCCACAGUGGCUGUAGAAAAAGAAACCUCAGACACUAAGAGUGCAGAUGCUGUAGUGGUUGAAUCUGUAGCAGAAAAUACCAGGAGAGUCAGGUCAACAAAGAAGGAAUUGCUGAAGACCUCACAAGUUAUGGAAUCUCUGGAAACCACCCCGAUUGUUGUCGAGUCAGAUUAUGUUGAUUCUAAAUUACCAAAGAGUACUGAAGCUCAGUUAGCAGCAGAAACUAAAGAUCCUGUUAAAGCUAAUUCAAAACCAAGGAGAGGCAGGCCAACAAAGAAGGAAAUUCCAGUAAGAGCACAAGUUGAGGAAAUCUCUAAACACUCUUUAGAUUCUGAGGUACUGCCUGACGAACACACUGAAGUUCCUGUGAAGUCUAGACGAGGAAGAAAAGUGAGUCCCGUGGCUUUAGCUCCCACAGAAGCUCCCACUGUCAAGUCUGGUCGAGGUGCUAGAAACAAGAGGUUAAAACCACAGGCAGAGGAUGCUCCUAAUCAUGCAAAAUAUGUCAUUACAACAGCUGCUCCGACUGAGGAACCAGCAGAAAAACCAGUGGUGAUAAAUGUCAGACGAGGCAGGAUGCCAAAAUGUCCCAAAGCUCAGGUUUUGGAUGACUCUCAAGAAGAAGCGCAAGAUACACCCCGUAUUGACUUGGAACCCGUUCAGCAGUUGGAGGCACCUACAGUCAGAUCAGCCAGAAGAAAGUGCACAGCUACUGUCGAGGAUGAACCAGAGGCUCCAGUUAAAAGAGGGCGUCGUGCAGCUACUGUUGAAGUUCCUCCUCCAGCUGUCAAGUCCAGCCGUAGUAGAAAAGCUGCAGCAAAAUCUGAGCCGGAGGAAGUCACAGCAGAUGCCACAAUAAUGGUGGAACCAGUUAAAGAGACCGGCAAUGAAACAAAGGUUCUGGUGUCUGUGACUAAUGAAACACCACUUACCCAGGCAGACUCUGGAGUAGUAGCUAAGGGUGGAAGAGGGAGAAUCACUAAGAAAGCUAAGGUCUCAAUCAAGAAUACCUCAGUCAAUGAAGCUGAAGAAACAGCAGUGGAAGAGCCUCAGCUCAAGAAGAAGGAUGAAGCGACAGAUAAAGAGGAUCCCUCAGUUGCAGAGAUAAAAAUAUCAGUCAAAGGACGCAAAGGUAGAGGGGCAAAAAAACAAGAAGAUCUGGAAAUGGAGAAGACAGCUGCUGAAGAAAACACCCUACCAGUCAGGAGAGGAAGAGCAGCCGCUUCAGUUCUUUCCCAAAACAAGGAAGUAGCCGCUUGUCCUAAAAGGGGGCAGAAAAGGAAAGACAUGGAGACUGUAGCUGAGGAAACCGUGGAUACAGAAUCUUUACCAAAGAGGAAAAGGGGCAAAGGAGCUGGUGCAGAAACUGAAACAGUUACAGCUGUAACAAGCAAAGGAAGGAAGACAGCAGCAAAGAAGGCAGAAGAAACCUCUGAAGUGGAAGCUGAAGAAGCUCUUAAAAAAGGAGAAAAACCUGUAAGAGGCCGGAGAAAAGUAACUCUGGAGGAUGUUCCACCUCAGGCAGAGGAUCCUGUCCCAGAAACAGCCACUCGGCGAGGAACUAGAGGUCAGAAGAAAGCAGAGGCAAAUGUCCCUACCGCUCCUGUAAGACGGUCAAGAAGGAAAUAAAGCACUGAUCUUUGGAUGAUGUAAAUAAUCUUCAAGACUGAGGGGUUUUUACAUAUUUGGACCAUUUUAAUUGUUGUGAUGUUUUUUGUAUUAAUUCUUUAUUUUUAUUUUAUUUUUUUAUGAAACAUUAACAUGAUUUUUAAAAUGUUUAAAAAAGUGUAAUUGUUUUUAAAAAUCAUUUCAAAUUUUCAAAUUUAUUUUUUUAAAGUUUGAAACAUUUGGGGCAUUUAAAUGCAUUUGUGUUAUCCGAAUUGCUUCCUCACCCCCUGAGCCUUCUGUCUCUCUCUUCUCUUCUUGUUUUGGGGAAAAGUUCACUUUUAUCUACUUGUGUCCAUCAUAUCCUUUAUUUCUUUUAUCUGCCUAUUUUAGCAGUGUUUGUAUGUUGAAAAAAAAAAGUCCUGAUAAUAAACAGUCUGAGGAUUGGAAAAUGA